UUUCCUUGUUUUCAACUGUUUGACAUUUCCGUCGGGAUUCAGCUGAAUGUGGUAAAAUGUCUGUGACUGCGGUAGGAAACAAAGUGUCUGGAAGAAGGAGACGAGAGGACGGAGAAGAGAGCGAUGGUGUCAGCGGGAAGAAGGAUAGACCAGAACCCAGCCGGUUGGAGUCUUGUUUGGAUCAACCCAUGGAUUCAAGCAGUAUCCAUGAAGUUGUCAAGUAUACACCCUCGCAGCUAGCAGCCAAACAUUAUGAUGCUGACACCACCGAGCCAAUCAGCUCUGGUCUUCAGACUCUAGAGGAGCUUCUGACAUGGAAACGAAGCGAGGCAAACCCCUUCAAUGUGGCGGCCGUCCCUCUGGCAGCUCGGGAGCCCCCCCUGGCCAGUAGUCCACGUCGGACGCUGGUGUCUCAUGACAUGAUGGGCGGCUACCUAGAUGACAGGUUUGUCCAGGGGACAAGUGUUGAAGAUCCCUAUGCCUUCUACCACUGGCAACACAUUGAUAUUUUCAACUACUUCACGCACAACAUGGUGACUAUUCCUCCUGCUGUGUGGACCAGUGCUGCACAUAAGCAUGGAGUCGUCGUUAUAGGGACUUUCAUCACAGAGUGGAAUGAUGGACGCAAGGCAUGCGACGCCUUCCUGAAAGAUGAGGAGUCAUAUCGGGCAGUAGCUGAUAAACUAGUCCAGAUCAGCCACUACUAUGGCUUCGAUGGCUGGCUCAUUAACAUAGAGAAUACCCUUGGUGAAGUUGCGGUGAAGAACACACCUUUGUUCCUGCGCUAUCUGACGGACCAGAUGCACGAGCGAGUCUCUGGCAGCCUGGUGCUGUGGUACGACAGCGUGCUCGAGAGCGGACAGCUGCUGUGGCAGAAUGAACUCAACCAGUCCAACAGGAUGUUUUUCGAUGCCUGUGAUGGUUUCUUCACUAACUACAACUGGACAGAGCAGAACCUGGAGGGGAUGAAAGAAGACAGUGUGAUCAAAGGUCGUGAGGCUGACGUCUAUAUCGGGGUAGACGUGUUCGGCCGAGGCGAAGUGGUAGGAGGAAUGCUUGAAACCAAUAAGGCUCUGGAGAUCAUCAGGAAGCACAACUUCUCUACAGCCAUCUUCGCUCCAGGCUGGGUGUAUGAGACCCACGAGGAUAAGACUGAAUUCCGCAAGAACCAGGACAUGUUCUGGGCUCUUUUGUCAGACUACCUGUACAUCCACCGACCAGCCUCGCCUCUCCCCUUCAUCUCCUCCUUCUGCCAGGGCUUCGGGAAGGCUCUCUACUGGAGAGGAAAGCAUGAGACUGAGAGGAGCUGGUUCAACCUGGCUGCCCAGGAGAUCCAGCCCUUGUACUACCAUACGGAGCUGGAGGGCCAGGGCUGGCUGAGGAGCCGUGGCUGUCCACAGGACGCCUGGAACGGAGGCUGCUCACUGCUGCUCGAGGGCCUCAUCCCUACCUCUCAUACAUCUACACUUUCUGCCAACAUCUUCUCCCUCAAUGUACCCCUGCCAUCCAAGAUCCUGGUGAGCUUCAUCCAUAAACCAUCUGCUGGGAUCAGUGUCUCUCUGGAGCUGAAGACAACAGAUGACAGUCUUUGCAUGGACGACCACAAUGUCAAACUCACCACAGUGCAGCCUGAGGUAUUGGAUGAGGGCCACCAGCUGGUGAGCCUGUUCUCUCAGCUGUGUGGAAACUUGAACCCAGACGGUUGGACAAUCAGGUGUAUGCAGCUGGAGCUUCGCGGCUGUACUCUUAGAGAAGUUGGUGUCAGCAUCCAGCGGAGGGGAGACCCUCAGGACACGCCUUUCAGCUGCAGGGUGGGAGAGAUCAUGGUCCUGGAUGUAGCCCGUCUGCAGGUUCCCUCUGAGCUGGUUCUGGGUAUGUGCAUUUAUGAUGUGGUGUGGCUUUGUGGUGUUGGUAUUUUGCCAGAGUCCACCUCUCCUUGCCUGCACCUCAACGCCACUCUGCGCUGGGACUACUCGAGCAAGACCUUGCGGCACUUCAGGGUGCACUGGCGCCGGUUACGGGGACCUGAUCCCCGAAUUCUGCCAGGAGAGCUGGUCCUGUUGGGACGUGCGUAUUCUAAUCUGUUUAGGUUAACAGAGCUGGAAGUGCCGAAGCCCCCUGGCUUACUGGAACUGGUGGUGGAGCCAGUAAGCAGCAAGGGCUUUCUGGUCCCAGAGAGUCAGUGGGGAAGAAGAAGCAUCAGCUACUCAGCAGACGUCACACAAUGACGUCACACAUGAACGUUUACCAGGCUGGUGUUUAUUAACCCUAAUGCAAAUGUUUCUAUAAAAAUAAACUGAUGCAAACCUCAUUAUUAAGAAGUUGGAGCUCUUUAGUAGCUGAAAGGUUUUCAGGCUUGGUUUAACAAUAAGUUAUACAGGCAGCCUUUAAUUUUAGUGGUAAUCGUCAUCCACCAAAAAUUAAUUAUUGCCCAGUAUAUCUAUCCAUCUAUCUAUAUAUAUAUACAGUUGCAAUCAGAAAUAUUCAACCCCCCAAAGAUUUUAAGGAUUUAUCAAUUAAAGUAGACAGAAUCUUGUUCUUUGAUCAAAAUUGUGCUUCGGAUGCCUUCUUUAUGAGUUGAGUGAUACAGAAAAUCAACACGGAAAACACAUGAUGUAGUAUUUGUGUGUAGCAGUAUAUUUUGUUAAGAUGGCCAUGUCACAAUUAUUCAACCCCUAUAUAAAAUUGUUGUUUUUAAGCCUUCUGACAGUUUUUGUCCUAAAGUUGAGUUGAAAUAUUAUUAAGCCUUUGGGAACUCUAUACUGAUCCUUCAUUUGCUUCAGCUGUAAUGCAUAUAUAAACCCCACCCAUGAAGGUAUUCAAGGUGAGUUGCAAUCAUGGGAAAGACAAAGGAGCUUACACAAAAGCUGAGAGAGGAGAUUAUUUCAUCACACCUGAAAGGCCUUGGGUAGAAGAAGAAUUCCCCCAAAAAUUAUAUUCCAAGAGACACAAUUGGGAACAUUAUAAGGAAGUUUACAACUGAUGGAGCAGCUUCAAACAUGCCUGGCCAUGGAAGAAAGCCCAGCAUUUCAUCAAGGACCCUCAGCAACUUAGUCAGAACAACUCAGAUAAACCCCUGUGUGACUACAAUACACCUACAGGAUGACCUGAUGAAGGCUGGUACAAGUGCUGCAGUGGCAACUAUAAGACAUGCACUAAAUAAUAAAGGACUUAAUGGCCGGCUCCAAGACACACUCAGCUCUUGACCACAAGCAACAUCAAAAGUCGACUAGAAUAUGCCAGGAGGAAUUUGGAUAAGCCUACAGAGUUUUGGGUGAAAGUUCUAUGGACUGAUGAAACCAAACUGGAACUGUUUGAACGUAUGGACCAGCGGUAUGUCUGGCGUGUGAAAGGCCAGGCUUAUGACCAGAAGAAUACCAUCCCCACAGUCCAGCAUGGAGGUUGGUCAAAGAUGAUGUUGGGCUGUUUUUCUGCGGCAGGAACUAGCAAUCUUUAUUGUGUACAUGGCAUCAUGGAUUCACAGAAAUACCAGGCCAUUUUAAAGAGGAAUGUGAUUCCUUCUGUUGACAAAUUUAACCUUGGUGAUCGUUGGACUUUCCAGCAAGACAAUGAUCCAAAGCAAAAUCUCCAAGUCCACCAAAGCUUGGUUGAGAAAAAGAUCCUGGAACGUCCUGGAGUUGCAUUCACAGUCACCAGAUUCAAAUUUGAUUGAAAAUCUUUGGUGGGAUUUAAAGAAGGCAGUUGCAGCAUGAAAGCCAUCAAACAUCACUGAUCUAGAGGCUUUUGCACUUGAAAAAUGGGCAAAGAUUCCAAUCGAGAGGUGUAAGAAGCUUGUCCGCACUUACCGAAAACAUUUUUUAGAAGUUAUAAAAGCUAAAGGAUGCGCCACAAAGUACUGAAGCUGGGGGGUUGAAUAAUACUGCACAUGCACAUGUGUUGAAAGAGUUACAUUUUUCAUUUGAACUUCAAAGUUAAGUCAACUUCUGUUGUCAAAAUAACUAAAAUACGCAUCAAUAAAUAUCUUUUGUUGUUU